UAGGGUCGGUUUGUGCGUGUAUAUAAAGUCACUACUGUGUUAUCACACAGGGUACAAGCCUCCUGCAUAGCAGCAUACGUUAGCUUAGCAACUUGCCAAGGGCUGGUAGAGCUGGUUCUUGCUUAAUACGUUCUACUUUGCUCACCGGAGGACUACCGACGGGGAAGAUGAGGACCGAGAUGGUCAUCAGGAUCCAGAUCGGCUCUGAGAAGGGCCAUUCCAAAGCUAUCAAGGUGGCUGCUGCGGUCACCGGGGUGGAGUCUGUCACGAUCGCCGGCGAGGACAAGAACCUGCUGCUGGUGAUCGGCGCCGGGGUCGACUCCAACCGCCUCACCGAGAAGCUGCGCCGGAAGGUGGGCCACGCGGAGGUGGUGGAGCUGCGCACCGUCGACGACGACGACUUCGCCGGCGAGUACCACCCGUACCGCUACCACCCGAGCCCGAGCCCGUACAAGCACGUCACCGCGCGCGACAUGUACUACACGGGGAGCUACCCGCCGCAGCAGCACGCCGGGGGCGGUCGGGACCACUACCGCAACGCCGGCUCGUACCCUCCGACGACGGGCGGGCGAGACUACUACAGCUACGGCGGCGGCGGUGGCGGUGGCGGCUACCCCGCGCAGUACCAGCAGCAGGGUUACUACUACCCGCAGCAGUCGGCGGCGAACAUGCACACGGUGGUGCACCACGGGUACUCGGAUGACCCCAACAGCUGCUCCAUCAUGUAGCGGCAGCAAUGACCAGUGGACGUCUGAGCGUUUAGCGGGUCGGUUUGAGAAUCGAUGGAUGGUGUGUGCGCCAGUUACUUUCCGAUUCCAUGUAAUUAGUGUACAGAGUGUGCGUUUCUUCUUCUUUUUUCCUUUCUUUUUUCCCGAUGAAGCUGUGUUCGUUUCAUGGUUGUGUUGUGUGAAUAUGUAUGUAGCUCCAGGCAUUACAUCUACGCACGGUGUGGAAUGUAAGCUAAGUUCUACUCUCUUAUUAAAACAGGGGAAAGCAGAAUCCGACAGUACAA